AUGACGUACUUCCGCGUGCGCCGCCCCGCGGCGGUAGCCGGUAGGGGCGCCGGCGGUGCUGCCUCAGGCUUGUUGUCAGCGUUCUCCAGCGGGCGGGGGGGGCGUUCUGAGUGUCUGUGGCCGCGGAUCCGGCCAUUGCUGACCAGGCUCUGGUCCAGCGGAGCCCUCCACGGUCGGUCCCGUCGUGGACGGAUCCAGCCCGGCCUCUCCUCCCGCGUGAGGGCCGCGGAACGGUACGAACUCACCUCUCCGGUUCCUCUGUCCAGGCUCGGAGGUCGCCUCCCCGCGGGGGACUCAGCCCCCGAACCUCGCUCUGUGGGGGCGCGAGGUCCCUCCUGGCGGGGGGCGCGGGUGGAAGCAGCAGCGAGGCCCCGACGGUUCGGUGCCUCCCCCGCAGCCUGCACGGAACCGCGCGGGAUGGCCAAGACCCGGGCAGCUGCGUGUGGGGAAUCAUUGUCAUUCAAGGAUAUAGUUAUGGACUUCACCUGGGAAGAAUGGCAGUUACUGGAUUCUGCGCAGAAGUACCUGUACAGGGAUGUGAUACUGGAAAACUAUCGCAACCUGGUGUCUAUAGGGUAUCAUGGUACCAAACCUGAUUUAAUCUUCAAGUUGGAGCAAGGAGAAGAGCCAUGGAUAGGAAAUGCCAGACUUUCUCAUCAGAGCUGUCCAGAAGAUUGGAAAGAAUGGUACCAGAAGAAUCAAGAUGAGCUUGAAAGUGUUGAGAGAAACUAUGCUUGUAACACAUUUGGAAAACUUCAUCUGAGCAAAACCCAGGCUUCUUCAAGACAAAGACUCCAUAAGUUUAACACACUUGGGAAAAAAAGUUUGACACAAAAGUCAGGUUUAACCAGAAACUAUCUAAGAAAGAAUCCUGAUAAGUUUCAUGGAUAUGAACGAUCAUAUUUUCUUAAGCAUCAAAGAGCUCACAGUACAGAAAAAAACUGUGUAUGCGGUGAAUGUGGGAAAGCUUUUCGUUGUAAAUCCCAGCUCAUUGUUCAUCUCAGAAUUCAUACAGGGGAGAGACCUUAUGAAUGCACUAAGUGUGAAAGAGCCUUCAGUGCCAAGUCAAACCUUAACGCUCACCAGAGAGUUCAUACAGGAGAAAAACCCUACUCAUGCAGUGAAUGUGGCAAAGUCUUCUCUUUCAGGUCACAGCUGAUUGUCCAUCAGGAAAUCCACACAGGAGGGAAACCUUAUGGUUGCAGUGACUGUGGGAAAGCCUAUAGCUGGAAGUCACAGCUUAUUUUACACCAAAGAAGUCAUACAGGAGUGAAACCCUAUGAAUGCAGUGAAUGUGGGAAAGCCUUUAGUUUGAAGUCACCAUUUGUUGUACACCAGAGAACUCACACAGGAGUGAAACCCCAUAAAUGCAACGAAUGUGAGAAAGCCUUUAGGAGUAAGUCAUACCUCCUCGUUCACAUCAGAACGCAUACAGGAGAGAAACCCUAUCAAUGCAGUGAUUGUGGGAAAGCCUUCAAUACAAAGACACAGCUCACUGUACAUCAGGGAAUUCACACAGGAAAUAAUCCUUAUCAAUGCAGUGAGUGUGGGAAGGCCUUCGGGAGGAAGGAACAACUCACUGCACAUCUGAGAGCUCAUGCAGGAGAGAAACCCUAUGGAUGCAGUGACUGUGGGAAGGCUUUCAGCAGCAAAUCAUACCUCGUUAUACACAGGAGAACACACACAGGAGAGAGGCCCUAUGAAUGUAGUUUCUGUGAGAGAGCCUUUUGUGGGAAGUCACAGCUCAUUAUACAUCAAAGAACUCACUCAACAGAGAAGCCCUAUGAAUGCAGUGAAUGUGAGAAAGCCUAUCCUAGGAAGGCAUCACUCCAGAUACACCAGAAAACUCACUCAGGAGAGAAGCCUUUCAAAUGCAGUGAGUGUGGGAAAGCCUUCACUCAGAAGUCAUCUCUCAGUGAGCACCAAAGAGUUCAUACAGGAGAGAAACCAUGGAAAUGCUCUGAGUGCGGGAAAUCCUUCUGUUGGAAUUCAGGGCUCCGUAUACAUAGAAAAACUCACAAGUGAAAUUAGAAUGAAGCAGAUGUUAGAAACAUUCUAAUAACACUUGGUCCUUAGGAGACUUCAGAUGAUAAUAUAGACAAUAUAUAAGCAGGCAGUCCUAAAAAUUCACUCAUAUCAAACAAGUCAUAUAUAGGAGAGAAACCAAUCAUAUUUGUAAUGACUGUGCAAAAGAUUGUAGAAAUAAGUCAUAUACAAACUUGAUAGAUGAGAAUAACUGAAGAAAUUGAGCAGGAACUGUAUAAAAUGUGCUGGCAUCAUUAUGAAGAUGUAAUUUUAAGAAUUCAUAUUGAGAACACUAUAAAUUUAUUAAAUUGGGAAAGCAUUUUCUCAUAGAAAAUGUGUUAAAUGGAGAGUCACAUUCCAAAUUUGAAGCUAUGUUUUAGAGUGAAGAAAAUAAUUAUAAAUGGUAGACUUUUACAUGGUGGAGUAUAAAGGUUUUUAUUUUAAUAUGUAAAUAAAAUGUAAAGAUAAGGGUCAUAUUCUGUAGGUUAAGGAAUAUUUAGGGUGACUUUUAUGAACAGCACUGAAUAGCAUUUUUAAAACUAUUUUUAUUGACUUUUAGAAAGAUGAAGGGAGAGAGAAAGACAUUGAUCAGCUGCCUCCUGCAUGUUGAUUAGCAGGGAUUGAGCCCACAACCCGGGCAUGUGCCAGCAACCUUUCAGUGCACAAGACAACGCCCAACCAGCAGCCAUGCUGGCCAGGGCCUCAACAGCAUUUUUAAAAUUUUGUUCUUUUCUUUUUCAAUGUAACUUGUUAUACUUAAUAGUUUGUGGAAUAACAUCCCCCAGUAUUCCUCAUGUUAAAUAACUAUCAGUAUUGUCUCUAUUUCUUAGCAAUAUAGCUAAUAUAAUGUGGCUUUUAAUAAAUGAAAAGGUACGGUUCUCAUUCCAAAUGAGUUCGCUUAUUCAGGAGUCUACAUCAGUGGGUCUGGCAAUAAUCACAGGGCUGCUGAAGAGAAUGCAUUGUAAUGAACGUCGAGUAUAUUUUAGCAGCUCAGUGUCCAUUCCCCUUGUAGUUUUCUCUGCAGAAGUACUUCUGUGUGUGCCUCCUUGUGGUGUCGUUUCCACUAGUGACAGGGAGGCAUUAUGCCCAUUGUUGGGUAACAGUAGCCUCUUUUCCAGGAUUUUUAAUUUAAUUCAAUCUCACAUGAACCAUAAAGGAAAUGUGGGAACUCCUAUGUUCUUCUCCCAGAAUUCUAUUCAGAUAAAAAAUUCCUGCUGUAUUGAUACCCUAGACUAACUCUGAAUACUGUCCCUUUUUGAACCUGGUUUUCUGGCUUUAUGGGUGCUUCCUCGUAUCUUUUUAAUAAAAAAAUAUUUUUUCAGUUAAA